AUGUCGCCAAAGAAGGACAGCAACAACAAAAACAACAACAACAAGGGCAAGACAUUGGUCACCCGACACCGUAAGUCAGCUGCUUUCGACUGAGGCUGCGCACAGGGCCGCGCGCCAACCCACCGUGACCGGCUCCUUGAUGACCGACUGGUCCUGUGGCAUUGCAGCUGCUCUAUGCUUCAACAUUUUCUUCUGGAUCGCAACAUCGAUCUACGCGACCGUUUACUUCGUCCUGGGAUCUGAGAGAUUCCUGAAAGGGUCGAUGUCGUUUUUUAUCGGCUUCACGGCCACGGCUCGUCUUUUCUACCUAUCGCCCUCUUAUCAAGGGAAAAUCCGACCCGGGGAGCUCGACGCACUCAAGUGAGUUCAAACUUACCAUAUGGUGAAGCACACUCGAACUAAUGCGCAGCGACUCGCAUGUUUCAGUCGCAAAGUUCUAGCUCGCUUUCCGUGCUCGGUUGUCGCCCUCGUCUUCACCCCAGCUGGCGUGCUGCUGUGGCUCGGCCAUCAACACUACGUGAUCGACCUGUGGUUCUUCGACCCCGAACGAUGA